GCCACGAGGACGCCGCCGCGCAGGGCUGAGCUUCCAGCGUCUUCAAGUAUUUCUACCCGCAUGCUGCCGCGCUCCGCCGCUACAACUCCGCCAGCGUUUGACUCACUCCGUGGCAGGGCAUCCAGGAUUUCCACUUGUCACUCCACGGUACCGACAACUAAGUGCAUCCCCCCCAUUCAGCUAAAAUGUCCAAGUUGGACCAGAUCCUAAUUCUCGACCCUCCCUCCGACCUCAGAUUCAAAGGUCCCUUCACAGAUGUAGUAACCGCUAACCUCAAACUGAAGAACCCUUCUAGCAUGAGAGUAUGUUUCAAAGUGAAGACGACGGCGCCGCGCAGGUACUGCGUACGGCCGAACAGCGGCGUCAUCGAUCCGGGCGCUACUGUCAACAUCUCUGUUAUGCUACAGCCCUUCGACUACGACCCCAAUGAGAAAAGUAAACACAAAUUUAUGGUGCAGACGAUUUUCGCCUCAUCAAACAAUUCUGACAAUGAGUCCUUGUGGAAAGAUGCAAAACCUGACGAUCUCAUGGAUUCCAAGCUGAGAUGUGUCUUCGAGAUGCCUUCUGAAAACGAAGUGAAUGACGUGGACGCGACAAGAGCAGCCCCCGUGAUAAACUCUAUGAAGGCCGAGCCGACGGUUCCCGCUGCUGCCGCAGACGACACAGAGAUGAAGAAGCUGCUGGAGAAGUGCAAGAGGCUGCAGACCGAGAUCAACAAGCUGAACGAUGAGAACAGGCAGUUGAAGGACGAGGGAAUAAGGAUGAGAAAGAUGCCCCCCCGCUCAGACCACAUGACACCAAACUCGACCAACGUCGUCGGCCGAGAAACCAGCACCGCCUUCCUGCCCUCCCUCCUCGUCGUCAUAGCAGCCAUCUUCAUCGGGUUUUUCUUCGGAAAGUUCAUCUUGUAGACUGGUAUAAUGUAUGCCGGCCAUAUCCCUCCGCUCCGGCUCCGAAAAGAAAAAAAGAAGAAGAAGAAAAAGGAAAAAAAAAGGCCUGGAAGAGCAAGAAGUCUUUGUGUUGACUUUGCCAUAUCAUUGGUUGUGUGGCCUACAGUGAACACAUCUGUACAGCAUCAUCCAAAGGUGUCGCCUUUUUACAAUGUUGCACACUUAUUGAGCCCAGAGAGUUCACUAAAGAAGGCUUAAAAAAAAGUGAUUUCUCCCUUUUUUCUUGUUUUCAGUUUUUGAUUAAUGGGUUUACAGGUAAUUUGGUAGGACAAUGGAAAGAUGUUUACCAUCUGGCAUCAAGGAUCACGGAAAAACGGGGAGCCAUCGGGAAGAAGCAGUGCAGUUUCUGAUCCUCUCUCUCUCUUUCUUUCUCUCUGUGCUUUUAAUAGGAAUUGAAUAAAAUGCUAGGCGUCUUGUAAAUGUCAUUUUAAAUCCUUUCAAACAAAAACACGGACAGAACUUUCAUUUAAACGGACUUGUCGCUGGGUUGCCUCUGAAGUAAAUUUGUUUGUAAUUUCUUCUACUUUCUGUUGGAACGUUUAGAUCCAUCUGGGGAAAUGGGUGCCUCGUUAUGUGCAUUUGUCCUGUCCCUUUCUUCACAAUUCAGAAUUAUUAUUAUUAUUAUUAUUAUUAUUAUUAAUAAACAUUAUUCAAUACAUUUAUUACUUAUGAGGCAAGUAUUGACUGAAAUGAGGUAAAAUUCACUCCCAUGGUAUUAAUCAUUGACAAAAUAAAAUUGAAAAAAAAAAA